AUGAACGCCAUACAGCAAAAGUGCCGUCCUAAGCACCAGGUCUUGGUCCUCAAGUGCUACCCACGUGCUUCCAAGACCGCCGUCGACGUGAAGCCGAACAGUAGCGAAUUGAGCUAUCUGCUCUUUUACGCCACCAGCCGACGCUCCAAGAUAGUCAAGGUCGGCGCUUUUCUAGAGAAGAAGACUGCCAGCGAUGUCUGGCGUAUGCGUAUCGGCAAUGUCCAGGUCACCCUCGGUAUCCUGGCCGCACUCCUGGAGAAAUCACACAAGGAUGCCACCCUCAUUGCACCCUGCGUCCUCAAGAUCCUCGACCUUAUCCUCCACUCCAAAGAUAUCACCAUGAUCGAGUCGUCCUUACUCACCUUUGAGGCCUUCUGCCGCCACCACGACAGCUCGCCCCUUUUUGGUGAACGCGAGUAUUCUCGCCAGUACGAGGCCAUCGUCCGGUCCUAUGCGGCGUUGGCGUCCACGUCUGCGAAUCCGCCAACCACCGGCGCACCCGUCAGCCGGCCCAUGCACGUUCGGUGGAGGAGCGUCGGCCUCAAGGCUAUCAGGAGCGUGGCCUCCUCCGAGGCCCUGGCUACCGUCACUGGCCGUCAGAUCGACGUCAUCAUCCCCGCCAUCGUCGAGAACAUCUGGAACGAGAAUAUCGACGAUGCCGGCCGCCAGCACUGGAUCGAGUCCGUCCUGCACCAUAUGGAAUCCGACGACAAGGCCGACUUGGAGAAGCAGCAGUCGCGCCGCCGCCAGAGCGCAGCCACAGCCGGCACCGUCGACGAGGGUGACGAGUCGCGCCUCGCCGACCUUUCCAGCACCGCAAACGACCUUGACAAGCACGCCGAGGAGGAGAUUGGCGUCUUGGCCGCGCACUGCCUCAAGAACAUCUUUGAGGUGCCGAACCGGUCGCAGAUCCAGGGUGCCACCGCCUCGCUGCUCAAGUUUGUCCUCGAAAAGGUCCACAUGGGCAAGUCCGUCCUUGACCUCGGAGAGCCUGGGACCCACGACAGUGGCUGGGCCAUCACCCUGCUCAACACUGUCGCCAAAUGGGCGCCCGUGCAGGACCGGUUCGUCAUCCUUGUCGUGGCUUUGGAGACGCUGAUCCGCUGCCCCGUCAGCGACGAAGGCAUGGGAAAGCAGAUGGUCCUGGUCGCCAUGGUUGGAGCGCUCCUCAGGUCCAAGGUCAACCUCAUCGGCCUGAGUGUCAUGGACAUCCUUCUCGGCCUCGUGAGGCAGUUGAAGAAGGUGCUCUUCCCAGCGGCCAACUCGCAACCGACCGGCGCAGCAGCCAUGUCCGAAAAGAGGCCCGGUAGCGAUGACAGCCUCCCUCCGCUGUCGCCGGCUUCCCUCGAGUUUCUUCGGCGCCUGGAGCAGUGUCUGGGAGACCUGGCCACGCACGUCUACUAUGCUGAUCAGAUAACGGACAUGAUCGAAGCCAUCAUCGCUCGCAUCACUCCCAGCCACUCGUCCAGCAUGACGUCGACACCGCUGGGCGGGCAAGGCGAAAAGGCCGAGGCCAACGACGACUCCACUCCGGCACCCGGCACAUCCGCACAGAACUUGGGUGGCGAGAAGCGCACCAGCAUCGACGCCUACUUCUCCCAUACCAGGGGACGCGCCUGCGGCCUGAGGGUCAUCAAGGCCAUCCUGCUGGUUGCUAACCCCGAGACCAAGAUCAGUGGGAACCUCAAGAUCUCGCGCAACCGCGUUCCGUUGGAGGUCUGGGAGGGAACGCAAUGGCUCUUGCGGGACCCCGAAGGUGCGGUCCGCAAGGCGUAUGUCGACGCCAUCUCCACCUGGCUGGAUCGCGAGACCACACCGGGUGACAUGAAGGCAAAGGACGACGGUUCAAGCCGAAGUCGGGCUACGGGUGGCGGCGCCGAGCACGCCGGUGGUCGCCGCGUCGUGUCUGCUACGUCAAACCGAGACCGCAUCGUCAGGAAUGCGCGCACGUCGCAGUUCCUGCCUCUGCUACACAUCUCCGUGUACGACAACGCCCUCCAGUUUGUCGACUACGAGGCCGACAUUGCGCUCCUGCACGCCCUCCUCGCAAGGCUGGUCCUCCGCCUGGGCGUCAAUGCCGCGCGCUACGGCAUCCCCAUGAUGUACCAGCUCCAGGAAGAUAUCCAGGAGGUCGAGGAGCCCGCUAACAAGGUCCGUAUUGCUGCCAUGUGCCAUGGCUACUUUUGGGUCCUCUCGGAGAAGUUCGACUUUGAAUCCUCGGUCGUCGGCCGGGCUAUCCUGAACGAGGUGUCGAGGAGGCGCUCCAAGGGGUUCUGGGUCGAAGGUAUCGAGGUGCCGCCGCCCCCCGUCCAGACGCUGAGCCUGCCGGGACAGACGACGGCGUCGAGCCAGACGUGGGAUCUGGAGACGCUGGAGAGGGAGGAGCUCUUGCCGUUUGAUGACAGGAUCUCCCUGGUCGAGUGCAUCGCCACGCACUACUCGGAGAUGAGCCUCUCGCCGCCCGGGAGCCCAUCCCUGGCGCCCUCGCGGACCGCAUCGGGGCCCACCCUCGGGGCUUCGAUGGGCGGCGACCACGGGCAGAGCCACCAGCAGGAUCUCCCCACCAGCUACCGCGAGGACAUGCUCACAGAGUGGUCGCGAGACGAGACGGCCGCGACGCUGGCUUCGGCGGCCAAGGCCGAAUCGCUCAACGGCUCGCGGAGCAUCACCGCGGGCACCAACCGCAACAGGCUGACGAUCAGCACGGCCGCCGGCGUCAACGGCAACGGCCAGGGCCUCAUGGUGCCCUACGGCAGCCCGCGCAACUUCCGUCCCACGUCGGCCCGGGUGCCCGGUGAGCGCGACCGGUUCGCGUCGCCAUCGUCGCGCGGCCAGGGCAAGUCGAGCAUCCGCAGCGGCAUAACCCCGUCCGACUCGGGGGUGACCGGAGCAGCCAUCGCGUCUGUGGACCAGCUCAAGAUGAUUCUGUCGGGUAGCCUGUCGACGCAAUCGCUAGCUAUGAAUGCGGGCGCGUCCGACGACAGUGACGACAGCGUCGUGAGCUACGACUACAGCCCAUCCGAGGCCAGCUUCAACCCGCCCCGCAGGCCGCACACGAUGGACCAGCAGCCGCAGCCGUACGUACCCACGGACGGGGAUGCGGACCCAGUCUCGCCCACGACGACGACGACGACGACGGCUGGCGCCCCCGGACCCACUCCUCAGAGAUCCGCAUCCAUGUCUCGCCAGGGACCCUUAUCGUCCAACCCGCCUCACCGGCGCACGCCCACCUGGGAUAACGACAAUGACGAGCUCGGGAACGGAGGUGCUCCGCCGCCCGUGCCGGUCCUCCCCUCGGGUGUUGCCGGCGCUGACACGUCGGCCGCGCACGACUUUGCCCACGCAGCACCAUCAGGCAAGGUGCCUCAGCGCAGGGUGAGCAGCCGCGGACGCAGCAGCGUCAGCUCGCGGCACGGAGGGGAUGCGCCGUCCAUUCUCAUGGGCACGGAGCAGUCCGGACAUGUGAGGUCCAUGGACCUCCAGGAUCUGCUGAGGGGUCUCGAUAGCCAUUCUGGUGAGGGGAGCUUGGGCAACGUUACUAAACCGCCCUAUUGA